AUGGGGUUCUUACUUAAAAGAAGGGGCGAACCAAGCAUUACCAUAAUGUUGUUUGUUCUAAUUAGCUUAAUCCUCUUAACUACCAUCUGUAGUGCAGCUCUAAUCGAAGAAAGUAAGCGGCGUCGUCGGCCACUGCCGCCAUCUCCGCAGCCAAAUACCCAUCCUAGACCACAAUUUUCUUCUCCUCCUCCUCCUCCAAAGGAUAAUCCCAACUUCCCUCCUCCUCCACCUCCUCCUCCUAUAAAUGAUAAGCCCAACUUCCCUCCUCCAACUCCUCCUUCUAUAGAUGAUAAGCUCAACUUCCCUCCUCCUCCUCCUCCUCCUCAAGAAAAUACGCUCAACUUCCCUCCUCCUCCUGCUCUCCUCCCAUAA